AACUUUGUAAUGUUGUUAUAUAUAUAAUAUUAAUUGACAUUCUGGUUAUUAUUGUAUGUCGCAAUAUCAUCUUAUAUUUCUGAUUAUAGAAGUCAAAAGAAAUUAUAGAUUAAAAUAUACAUGACAACAAUUAUAAAGGAGGUAAUGGAUAGAAAACUGAGAGACAAGGGAAGAAAUAAACCCAGCCUCAGUAAUCUUCUUUGCAAAGGCGAUGAUCUUUCCAAAUUUCAAGUUCUAAAGAUCAAUGAGGAGAUAGGUUUUGGAGUGUUUGCUCUAACAGAUUUUUCCAUGGGAGAGUUCUUGAUGGAGUACAGAGGAAAUUGGAUUAGUCAAUGUGAUGUUCUUACUUUGCAAAGAAAGUAUGAAAACGAAAAUAUAGGAAGUUACAUUUAUUUUGACGUUGUUGAUAUUUUUGGAAAAAAAAGUGGUAAGUUAAUUGAAUAUGUUAUUUAUUAUUGUUUUUAAUUGCAAAACAAUAUAAUAAUAUCCCACUUUUAUUUCUAAUGUGCUGCCUGCUUAUAGAUAGUUUUUGUGUUGCCAAGUUUUAAUGGAUAACAGCUGCUCAUUAAUUUUAUAUGUAACAAGUCUAGAAGUUAAUAAAGUCUUUUGUUAUGUUUAAGAAAAACUUUUAAAAAUAUCUAUUUCCUAUGGCAAACAAAAAACUGCACAAAUAUGAAGUUUUUGGCAUAAACAAAGAUAAAGAAGCAGUCCAAAGUUGAAAAAAGACCAUUU